CUGAAUGUUUUGUACACUAAGAGGCAUCUGUGUCAUAUGUCUCAGCGGUGCUUGUAAACGUCUCCCCCAACUCUGUUCUUCUGAAACUGAUUCUGGAUCUAAAGAGAGAAGUUGCAACUUGGAACUAAAAGCAGAGCAGCUGAGUUCAUCAGUAAAGGAAUCUAUUGACGAAAUUCUCCAAACUGUAAACCAAGAUGAUUCUGUCUUCACUGAAAGGCAUUGGGAAGAAACUUCUGAGAGUGAAGGUUGUGGACAGUAGCAUAGAGGAGUCCCGCUUGGCUCGAUGUCUUAACACGUUUGACCUUGUGGCCCUGGGCGUCGGCAGCACACUCGGUGCUGGCGUCUACGUGCUCGCUGGUGCCGUAGCCCGAGAAAAUUCAGGACCCGCCAUUGUCAUCUCCUUCCUCAUCGCUGCCAUGGCUUCAGUCUUGGCUGGUCUGUGCUACGCCGAGUUUGGAGCGCGUGUUCCCAAAACUGGCUCGGCUUACCUCUACAGCUAUGUUACGGUUGGAGAAGUAUGGGCAUUUAUCACCGGCUGGAACCUCAUUCUCGCUUAUGUCAUUGGAACUUCGAGCGUGGCCCGGGCAUGGAGCGCAACCUUUGAUGAGCUUAUUGGAAGGAAGAUUGAGCUGAUUUGCAGACAAUACAUGACCAUGAACGCCCCGGGAGUCUUGGCAGAAUAUCCAGACAUAUUUGCUGUCGUAAUCAUAAUCGUUCUGACAGGGCUGCUUGUAUUUGGUGUAAAAGAGUCAGCCAUGGUAAACAAAGUGUUUACCUGCAUCAAUGUACUGGUGCUGGUGUUUGUAGUCAUCUCUGGCUUAGUUAAAGGAAACAAAGAAAACUGGAACCUGAACCCUGAAAAGAUCCUUAAUGCCACCAGAAACUCUACUUCUAAUGUGUCCGAUUUCAUUCCAAAUGAGGAUGUUCUCGGUGCUGGUGGUUUCAUGCCCUUCGGUUGGACUGGAGUCCUUUCUGGUGCAGCAACCUGUUUUUAUGCCUUCAUAGGGUUUGACUGCAUUGCCACUACAGGAGAAGAAGUAAAGAAUCCACAGAGGGCCAUUCCUGUUGGCAUUGUGGCCUCUCUCCUCAUUUGCUUUGUGGCAUACUUUGGUGUAUCUGCAGCCCUCACUGUGAUGAUGCCUUACUACUUGCUGGACAAGAGCAGCCCUCUUCCUGUGGCUUUUAAGUAUGUGGGCUGGGAGGGAGCCACUUACGCAGUGGCCAUUGGCUCUUUAUGUGCACUGUCGACUAGUUUACUAGGCUCCAUGUUCCCAAUGCCCAGAGUGAUCUGGGCCAUGGCAGAAGAUGGCCUGCUCUUCAAAUGCUUGGCUAAAGUCAGCACACGAACCAAAACCCCUCUAAUAGCAACAAUAACAUCAGGUCUUGCGGCAGCGGUGAUGGCAUUCCUUUUUGACUUGAAGGACCUGGUUGACCUCAUGUCUAUUGGGACUUUGCUGGCCUACACUCUGGUGGCAGCUUGUGUGCUGGUCCUCAGGUACCAGCCUUUACAGCCCAGUGCAGCCUAUGAGAUGGCCAAUACUCAGGAUGAGUCUGAAAUUACAUAUAGGGAUGGGAGUGUUGAUAUUUUAUCGCAACCUGAUGAUCACUUUACUUUCAAAAAACUUAUUAACCCUCCGAACACUGAGCCGUCAUCUCUCUCUGGACUCAUCGUCAACAUCUGCACCAGUAUACUUGGUGUUUUGGUGUGUGUCUUCAGUGUUGUAGCUUCUCAGGGAGGGUAUGCACGCUGGUCUCUGACUGCCCUCUGUGUUAUAGUGGCUAUCUGCCUGGUUCUAAUCAUUAUUAUAUGGAGACAGCCACAGAGCAAAACCAACCUUGCCUUCAAAGUCCCAUUGGUGCCACUGGUGCCGAUCAUUAGCAUGUUUGUGAACGUGUACCUGAUGAUGCAGCUCGACAAAGGAACGUGGUUGCGUUUUGCCAUCUGGAUGACCAUAGGUUUUGCCAUCUACUUUGGCUAUGGUAUACGCAACAGUGCAGAGGAGGCGUUAGCCAAGUGUGACAAUUACGAAGAUAGCUGCAUAAUAAAGGAAGAGGCCAUGCAAACAGAGAAGGAAGCCUUCUUACACAAUACACAAAACUCUACCCGAGAAGAUGAAGAUGGUUUCUGAGGAGAUAGGAGGGUUUUUUAAAACGUUUAUUUAAAUAGGGGUACAGGAAAGAAGGUGCAAGUAUGUUUCACGGAGCGGUAAGGACAACAUAACAAACAAAACAGCCCUUACCUAUUGUGAAAAUGCCAAUCAACUAACUAAAUUAGACAAAUGAAAAGUUACAAAUCUACAAUUCGCUAACAACUCAAAGAAAAACGGAGAAAAAAAUGUUAAAAUUGCAUUUGCAGCUGUCCUCUACAAGUUUUCUGUGUCGAGGUUGGCACAGAACAAUGUCACAAAGGACCUAUCAACACAAGAUUAUCAAUUAAAUUGAGCUAACAUAAAAUCUAACCUAAACAUAUAACGUAUUAUCAUGCAGUCAUGACAAUGAGCUUAAAAAUCCAAAAUGGCCAAAGACCUUGAGUCCCUGCAGACCAUGCAAGUGCUCAGUCGUCAGCCAACGACAAGAAAGAUGAAAACACGAGGAGCCAGUAGGAAGAAAGAGUCCAUAGACCAGGAGCUGGUACAGUAUAUCCUUUACCCCUUUUUUCCCAAAAAGAAUGUAACAUCUGUGCUGUGAAAUAGCUAUUAAGUUUUCUGAAAGACUAUCUGCAAGUUCAGGAGACACAUGGAGACAGCCAAUUGUACUACUAGCCAAAAAUGUUGACUACAUGAUGAUUGUAAAAAGCCUAAUAAGAUUUAAUGGCUAAUUAGCCAAGUAUUUUUAAGCAGUAUGAAAUUAUGUGAAAAGAAGAUUAUAGUCAUAUUUUUUUUUUUUAUUUUAUUGUGCUUUGAAAUGGUCAGUUUUACAAAACAUAACGGAAUCCAUCGAUUCAAAAUGCUUUUGUUUUUACAAAAAUAUUAUCCAACCAUAAAUGGAUCUUCAUAAACUUCAUUUUGGGUUUUUAACAGUACAUUAUAAUGACCGCACAUCAGAUUUUCCAUGAAUGAUAUCACAUAUAAAGUUCAGAAUGUGUUACUGCUCACCUAGCUUCAAAGUGCUCGAACAUUUGUAUAUGUUGACCGUGUACAAAAAACACAAAACACCGUCUAAGAGACUUGGACGAGGGUGAGAAUUUUAAUGUACCAUCAGUGCCUUUUGUGAGAAAGUUGUUAGCUGAGAAAUCCCUUACUUGUAAAUUUACCCUUAAGAUGCAGUUUUGGGGGUUUAACCAGUGUAUCUAUUACUGAAAACAAUACAAGUCACAGGUUUUUGGAUGUCUUGUACAUUGAAUGUAUAGCUCAUAUGAACUCAACAUGGUGCUAAAAGUAGCAUUCUCAGUGCAUCCAUGUGUUUGCAGGUCUUUCUGAUUGAUGGUACCAACUGCUAAUCUUACCAGAGUACCAAUGCUAUCUGUGGGAAAUGUACUUUUUACUCAAAGAAAAAAAGCUGCUUAUUUUAAUUUAGUUUAUAUUUUAACCUUUUA